AUGGACAAGCUGUUUGGCAUGGCCGGUUACAAGACCAAGGCCUCCACCAACACCGCCUACCAUAAGCUCAAGGCUAAGAUCAAGUCUGUCAGCGCCGCCGCCGAGGCUGAUGAGGCCGAGGCUGAGGAUUCUGCCGUUCCCUCUUCUCCCGUCAAGAAGAGCCGUGGCAAAAAGGCUGUUCCCGUUAAGGCCGAGUCUGAUUCCGAGGAUGACGACGAGGCCGAUGAGAUCGCUCCUACCAAGCCUACUGCCUCUGGCAGAUCUUCCAGAGUUACCGCCAACAAGCAUGCCGCCUUGAAGGCCAAGAUGGCUGCCCGUCCUUCGAUCGGCCGUGCCACCCGUGCCUCGGCCAGAACUAACAAGGUCGACGUUCAGAUGUCCGAGGACUCAUCCUGGGUCCAGGCAAUCGAAGAGGUGGCUGGCCUUGGAUGUGCUUAUAACCCGGUGAAGAAGGCUCAACUGUCGACCAAGGGAUCAGCCAGCAAGGGCUCCCCUAACAAGCCUUCAGGUGUAGCAAAAUCGAAGAGAUAUACACCUUUGAAGAAGAUGCAGAGCAAGGCUCCUCUUGAAGACACCCCUGUCCGCGCUAUGACCAAUGGCAUGGCAGCCACUGGAGUCAACUCCUCUCCAGUCAAGACCCCGUCAAGAAAGACAGCCGCUGCCACUUCCGACCCCGACCAAAGAGAAUGA